AGGCAAGAUAGCAGUAAUAUAAGGGCAAUUCCACAAAAAACAGAAUUACUCAGAGUUUUCKCUUUAAAAUGUAUGUCAAACAAAAACAUUGAUUGCAAACRUCACACAUCUAUGCACAAGGACUUYUUUUAACAAUUUCCACUGAACAUUUUACAAAAACACAGGACAAUUAUUUUACCAUGGAAUUGCCCAUAAUCAAACUGGUCCAAUGUCUAAAGGUCCAAAGUUUAGCCUCACAGGGGCUCUAUUUAUAUUGGUCUCCUUUUACUUCAUAUUGGCUGGAUAAACAUGACGGACAGGAGGCUGAUCCAAUAGGACAAAUUGGAGAUGAACAGCACGAUUCCUCUUUACAGCAGGACCCUGCAUAUGUACAGUUUGUGUCUGAUGGUGGUGAUGCUGGCUGUCCUCACUGCUCCCACCACAACUCAAAAACCUGCUCUAGAUGACUUUUCAGUGUCAGUCCCUGAUGCUCCAAUCACGGCAUGGUCAGGCUCCUCUGUCUCUCUACCUUGUGAACUCUCACCUCUCUUCAAUGCGGAGCCAUUGGAGGUGCGCUGGUACCGGUCCGAGAACUCCUACAGCCCUGCCUUGUUGUACAAGGACCACAAGAUCCAGGAGACCCCUGUGGACCCCCGGUACAGGGGCAGGGUGUCUCUAACUGGGGGGAUGGAGAGGGGGAACGUGUCUCUGACACUGGAGAAGGUCACACUGGAAGACAGGGGGGAGUAUGUGUGCCGUGUCAGCAGCGAACAAUGGUUCGAUAAGGCCAGUGUCUUCCUCACAGUGAAGGUAUUAGGUGGUAUCCCAGUUCUCUCUGUAGCUGAAGCAAGAGGAGGAGGAGGUCAGGUGAAUGUUACCUGUUUAUCAGAGGGAUGGUCACCACAACCUAAACUUUCAUGGAAAAACAAAGAGGGGACAGAGAUCAGAAAUAAACAAGAAGUACUCAACACCUCUGAUCCCCAGGGCUUGGUGAGUGUCAGUAGUUGGCUGCUGAAUGCUCCCUCAUACUCGGAUUGGCUCGCCUGUACAGUCUCUCUGUCUGAGGAGGUGAAGAGAGAGGGCAGAAUUCUGCCACAUAUAUACACAGCUCCUACAGCUGUACCUGGAGUCUACAAAGAAGCCUUCAUUGUGACUCUGGUCCUGUUUGUCCUGUUUCUGGUCAUCUGUGCUCUGUGCUCUGUCAUCCUGUGGAAACGAAGAGGGUCCAUGUGGUCUUCAUCCCAAAAGUCCAGAAACCGUUCAGAUCAAACUGAGCUGGGACAGAGACCGACAGAGACAAAAAACCUAAUAGAAGGUAAUGUUCACUCAUGAUAUACUGUAUAUGAUAUUAUAUUACUUUGAUAAUGUAGU